CAGUUUUUAAUGCUCAUCAUUGCCGAAAAGAGCAGGCGCGAGAUUCCAACAAUCAAUUCAAUGAUACCCUUGAAUCCUUCCUAACGAUGCAACCAUAAUAAUAAGUGUGCAUUUGCAAGUGUAAUGCGGGUUGUUUCGACUCGUACCAAUAUGUCAUAGUUUCAAGGGGCGACCAUUGCGAUGUGGUUGGCCCUUUCACGCUCCAUGAUGAGGGAGAGGAGGUUUCUGACAAGCUGCCAAUUUUCAGUCGUGACACGAAAGAACGGGGUUCCCAUCCGUCUCAACUUUUCAACCCAAGAUCUUUUUGUCAUCGUCGGCAACCAUUCGAAACACCGAUAAGCUUCCAUGCAGGCAACCGUGUAAUCCGACCAUGUUGAGACAAGGAUUUCGUUCGCUCCGAACAUUGACGGGCAAAUCAUCUGAAAUCUACCACAGAGUGUCCGAUCAAGUAGUCACGCCACUCCUUCGACGCUAUCUCGAUCCAGAAGUUGCUCACAAUGUGGCACUAGACUUUGCUCGCAAGGGAUUUGCUCUUCGGCAUCGACCUUCACCGAUGGAAGACCGGGUCAACGUCAAAAUUUCCAUGUCAUUUGAUACGACAAUCCAUGAAAGCAAUGGGGACAACAACAGCAGCAACAGCAAUAAUGAGAACAAGAGAUUUGCCUUGCAGUUCCCCAAUCCAAUCGGCUUGGCAGCUGGAUUUGACAAGGAUGGGGAGGCAAUUCAACCUCUGAUGGAUAUGGGGUUUGGAUUCGUCGAAAUUGGAACUGUCACUCCAAAGCCACAACCUGGGAAUCCCAAGCCACGCAUGUUCCGGUUAGCAGACGAUCUCGGCAUUAUCAACAGGUAUGGCUUUAAUUCCAAGGGGGCGGAUGCCGUGGAAGAAAAUGUGAAAGCAUUCCGACAAACUCAGCUGAGAGAAAGCAGUGAACUCGAGUCGAAAGAUGGCUCCUCCAUAAUGUCUUUUCAAUCCAUUGCGACUGCCGUGUUUCCAACUCCGAAACCAGCUCAAGGUUUGCUGGGGAUCAACAUUGGCAAGAACAAGACCACUGAAGAUGCCAAAACAGACUACGUGAAGAACAUUCUACAAUUGGGAUCCUAUGCGGAUUAUUUGGUCAUCAACAUUUCAUCGCCCAACACGCCCAACUUGCGGGAUCUACAAAAGGCUCAGGCCAUGGGCGAACUUAUCCAAGCCUGUCUGGAAGCAAGGAAACGACUCUCCAAACCAGUCCCCUUGUUGGUAAAGCUUUCACCAGACUUGACAACAGAAGAGUUGAAAAGCAUGGUCCCUGUCUUGCGACUAGUGGAUGGCGUGGUUGUUACCAAUACUACCAAUCAACGGCCCAAAGAACUAGUUUCAAAGCAUCACGUCGAGGAAAUGGGAGGCCUGUCUGGAGCCCCGAUCAAAGAUAAGAGUACCGAGGUCAUUCGACAAUUGUACAAGGAAAUGAAUGGCAACGUCUUUAUUGUCGGAGUCGGGGGUAUUGGAAGCGGCGAAGAUGCGUACGAAAAGCUCAAGGCAGGAGCCAGCGUGGUUCAGUUGUACAGUUUGAUGGUGUAUGAUGGGCCCGGUUGCGUAAGUCGAAUUAGGCACGACUUGGCAACCAUAAUGGAUCAACGGGGUCACAAGUGUCUAGAAGACAUUAUUGGGAGAGACCAUGAGGAGAUCUUUUGGAGAAAACAGCAAGAACGACAUGAAAUGUCACUGUCCAAAGAAAAUACCAUGAUUGUAGAGUAGACUACGUCAAUGGUAAUGUAGAAAGGGAUAUCCUGUACACUCUAUUUAACUAUUCGUAUCUUGUUGG